AUGAAUGCGCAGAGUGGGGAAUCCGUCGAGGGAUAUACAUUGGAAAACAUCGAACUCGAAUACGAAUCCAUCGAGAAUAAUAAUCUCGCUCGAAAAUCCGAAAAUCUAUACGGAGCCGAACGAGAAUUAUCAUUCGAACAUACGACGUUGAUGAAAAAAACAGAAUGGGAUAAGAAUUCGACGAUCGUCAAUGAAACCAUCAAUGUUCCACGACGCAGUAUGAAAGCUGUCGUCAUGUUAUUCACCGAAAAAACAUCGACCGAUAGCGAAGAAUAUAUAUUUCCGAACAUCGAAAAAGUGAAAGUGACGAUCGAAGGCGUACCCAACGUGAUUUACAGUCAGGGAAUGACAAAGACAAGAAUGUACGAAGAAGCCAAACGUCUCUUUGGAACCGAUACGAAUAGUCAACAAAAUUUAAUAAAAUUCUACAAAGAUAAAAAAUUUGCCCUGGUUUUGGAUUUACGCACUGCGAAUGAUCCAAAAACUUAUGGGAACGGUGUGAAAAUUCAAAAUACUCAGUCUGGUAUCUUAGUGGAAAUUACAAAGAAAGCAACGACGGCGAACGUCAUCUGUUAUACAUUCGUUCUUUCGGACGGUGUCAUUAAAAUAGUCAACGGUCAAUUCAAUGGUGUGAGGUACUAGGAUGGGAAUCUUCUUUCAUAUUUUUCCUGAAAAUAUGAAAAUACCAGACUUGUCCCAAAAUGGGAUAAGUCCCCGUUCCGUCGUGAUUCACGACGCUUCCCUAUUCCGUCUUUGUAUCUUCUUUUUCCGUAUCCCUUGCAGUCUUCACAUCUUCUUUCGUUCCUUUCCUUCCGUACACAUGUUUUAUCGUCGUUACACCGCCGCUUAAAAUUCCCAGAUACGGAAUGUACGGGGAUAUUCUUUCCACAAUACUUUUCACGUCGCUUUUUAAUAAUUUAUCCUGAUUUAAUUCUUCUUUGAGAUCAUUCCCGCUAUCGAUCAUACGAAUAUUUUCCAAUAAUCCUGAAAAUUUUUCGAUCAAUGUUUCCGUGAGUAGAAUAUUAACUUUUUCACGUUGAUUAAUCUCAUAUUCUCUUUUAAUCUUAUGAAUAAUACGCGGCGUUGCUUUUUUCAGAUAAUUCUCGGAUUGCUUGAUUUCGCCCGCGUUCGAUAACCGAAUCAGUUCCGAUCUUGUCUCUUCCAGAAUUUCUUGUUCUGUCCUUUCGUAAUUCCCUUCUUCUUCCAUUCUAAUACUUUAUUUCAUGACGAUACGGAUGAAUUAAUUCUAUCUCCAAAUACGAAUAUUUAUUCUGUUUUAAUUUUUCGCGAAUGGAUUUUAUUUCUGCAGAAUUCACGUCUAAAUAUUCAUCCAAAAUAAUUUUCAUAUCCUGUCUAUUCGGAUUAUAGAACGUCACUAAUUUCUGAAUAUUCUCGCGAUACGGCUUGGCGAUCGACGUCAACUGCUGUGUGAUCACGAUCGUCGAGAUUUGACGAUGACGUGCCCCGAAUCCUAGAUUCACCAAUUCACCCGUACGACCCUUCACGAAUUUUGUACUUGCACAAUCAUCCAGAAUAAUCAAUGAUUCCUCACCCGACGCGUAAUUCACAACGUACUUCAGUAAAUCUUCCACGUCAUCCUGAUGACACGGAACCACGAAAAAGUUAGGAUCUUUAUCGAUAAAAUCCUGGAUGUACGUCUUAUUCCAAUGAUACGUCGGACAAAUUAAAAAAAUUUUAGCAAAUUUAUGAAGAUACGUCGUCUUUAACUCUUCGAUCAGAUAAUGCGUCUUUCCACACGCCGUCAUUCCGACGAUGAUCAUAUUGAACGGAUCCAUUUUAUAAAAUAUGGGAUGCUUCUCCUCAAAAUCCGCGGGAACGAAACAUAACAAAAAUCAUAAAAGACGAAAAAUGUUUAGUCUUGGAUUCGGGUUCGAUCACGGGGAUGCGACCACCAGUAUUCAUACACAGAUCGGAUACGUGAGUACGACGAUCAAAAAUUACGACGGAAUAAAAAAUAAUGAGACUAAUCCUAUGGAGAAUGUUACUGUGAACGAGUCUGAUCAGCUGCCUUCUGAUUCCGAUCACACUCGAAAUCCUGUUACUGAUCCUAAUCCUGAAUAAAUUUUAAAUAAAAAAUAAUUAUUUAAAAUCUUUUUAUGCGGACGGUGUGUGGACGGGUAAUUCAGGAUCAUUCUUUUUCUUCUUUCGACACAUCCUCAACAAUUUUACCGUCACGAACAUCAGAAUAGAUAACGCGGACGAACUACAGAUCGCACACGUCGCGUACAAGACGUUGGCUUCUUCUUCCGUCAAUGCCACGUUCGGAAUGUCCGUUACGUUUCCUGCAGAUAAUUUCAUCGCUGAAUGGAUGAUGGUUGUCAUUGGAUUCAUUCUUUAUUUAUAUUAUUUAUUUCUUUUUCUACCAAUCCACGCGUCAGGUAGCAAACAAAGUCUUCGAAUGAAUUCUUAUCCAUACCGAUAGAUUUACGUAUUUCCUCAAAUUCCCUAUCCGACCUUUCUAUAGAUUGUUCUACAGAUAUAUCGGUACCUAUAUCAUUGAUAGAGAAUUCACCGUUAAGGUAGUACUGGAGUCUCAAGUCAAUCUCUCCGAUAUCUACGGUUUUUGGUCAGUUGGUAGAUAUAGUAAAAACAAGUUCCCAUGCUGAAUUUUACAGUGAUGCGUUUUAUUCUUACUGAGAUUUUCGCGAUCAAACAUUCGUAUCUAAGGAUGAAAGUUCGCGCCAAAACUGGAGUUUAGGCUGAAAUACAAUGCGUUAGCGUUCGCUCUCCUACAGCGAGUUUUGACAGAAUUUUACACCUUUGUUGUGAUAUGAUAUGCGGCAUUUUAGUCUCAUUUUGCGCAUUUGUUGUGGGCUAUUGACAGCGAAAGUCAUUGAUCAAAGGCAUUCAAAGCUCUCCAAAGCUUUUCUUCAUCUGAUCAUGGCAGGUAAGGAAUAAUUGAGUGCUUCUCGCUUUUUACGUUUUCACAGAAACAAUUGAUGAUAGCACAAAAACAUAAUGCUUGUUCUUAUUAUAGAAUCAAGCAACUCAGAAAACACAAACCGCCAAAGGAUCGCGAUGCGCCGCUUGGAAGAAGCGGUGCGCGAAGAGACGUAAGGCUAAGUGUUUUUGAAUCCAUUUAGUUUCUUUGUGUUUGAAAUAUAUUCUAAUCAUUCUUUUUCUUAUACAGCGGAGAUAUAAUACCUGGAUCAUUGGUCCAUCUGAUCCACAACAACAGCCAGCGCAACGAUUCAGAAUCGAGGCGCAGUAUCUAUAAAUCGCUCUUCGAUUUCUUAUCAGUAAGUAGUGUAAUAUAUGUAAAUUGUUGUUGUAUGUCCCGUUUGUUACCUGAUUUGGUUUUUAGUCAGGUCUAUGGUCAGAUCAAGCAAGUGGCGUCGGCAAAGUGCCAAGUGUAAAAAUGCUUGUCUUCAUAGGGGUUUCUGCGAUAAACGCGUAUACUGACCUUUCAUUGAUACAAUUUGCUACUUAUGUUUUUUAGAGAAAAAGAGGAGUGGGUAAUGGGGCAUCGCUCGUUUACCCUCAAGAGCUACUGGAUGUAAUCAGGGCAUAUUACCCUGAUGGCAUCCGGAAUUACCCGCCAAGAGCUGGUGGCAAAGUAAGCAUAAGAAUGCCAUUUAUUCGCUAAGUUUUUUAUUGAUCUUUCUUGUGUAAAUCAACCUUAAUCUUAGGGCUUAUAACUAUUUAGCAUUUCAAACAUUUAGUGCACUAUUUCAUUGCUUUUAUAGUACUAGGUUUAUUUGAAUCAACAGAUUGAAAAUAUUUAUUUUUUUGAUUGAUACUCAGCUGUGUCAAAGGUGUUCAAUGUCUAACAGUUAUGUAAUUAUUCUUCUGCAGAGAAAAAUAUUGUAUGAGGUAUCUCUGGAGGAACUGAUAAGAGAGUACAUGACCCUCCAGAGGCCACCAAGCCCUGAGUAUUAA